AUGCUUGCUCUUGCUCUCCUUUCACUACUUGGUACAAGUUUGAACGCUGGCGUUCACGCUUUACCUACUUUCUCGAAUUUUACCACUAGACAAAGUGGUGAAUCGCAUCAAGUCACUUUAGUCAACAAUUGCGGCUCUGGCGAAGCAGUAUUUGUACACGAAGGUAACCCUACCGCAUCAGGCAGUCAAACCGUCUCUGGAGAACUGAAAGGCGGUCUAGCUUGGAUGUCAGGUAUGACCGGAACCGAUUGCGCGGAUAACGGUUUGAAUUGCGGCAUGGUUGAAUUUACAUUGGUCAAUUCUCAAGGAGGGAUGCAGAACUCGGCGGAUUAUAGUCUGUUGGAUGGGACUGAUGAUGAGCUAGGGACUAGUUUGGGUAAUCAUAAAUAUCAAUAUUCCAUGGACUUCGCAUUUACUGGAGCAUGCACCAACGCCCCUGGAGCAUGUACGGGUGAUUCAGCUUCAGAAUGUCCAGAAGGGUUCUUGGAUUCUGCUACGGAGGGUGGAGCACCCACUCAGUGUUUGGCUGAUAAUGUUGGUAUCACUAUCACCUUCUGUUCAGCCGGAGCUGCACCUGCUGGUUCAAACGCGGCAAGCUCAGACUCAGUACCAAUUGGAACUGGUAUAUCCUCCGCUGCUACCUCACCUGCCGCCGAACCAUCUAGCCCCGCCAGCGUUCCCGCUUCUGUACCAGCAGGGACAGGUACCGGUGCACCUGUAGACAGUGUAUCUACUUCUAUCCCAGCUGAUACUGGCGCUGCAACCACUUCACCCUUGGCGACAGGUGUCAACACCGUUCCAGCAAAUGGUGCAGGAAGCGUCGCUGAAGGUGAACCUUCUAUCGCCCCUGCACCCGUAUCGAGCGCACCAGCUGCCGUCACUUCUGCAUCUUCGAAACCUGCUUGGGGUGGUGGUAGAGGUCAUUGGACUAGAGCUGUCUACUAG